GUGAUUCAGAGCCAGACGAGGCAGACAGGCAGGCGACGAUGAGGCAAGGCAGCAGCGAGCGAAGGCGGCGACGGCGGCGGCAGCGUGACGAGACGAGACGACAGCGCCCUGCUCGGCCCUGGCCAUCGUCGUCGUCGACGCUCAGCGCUGCCUUCUUCCUUCCUCACCACACACACCCACCCACACGACCGCAACCGCUUCUCGCCCUCGUCUCCGUCUCGUGUUUCGACUCGACUCGUUGGUUCCCAGUUUUAGCGGCUCGCCUUCUCGUUCUUCGACCCAACACAAGCAAUUUCCCUUGUCCGGCUCUCUGACUCGACUCGACCCAGCGACUCGCCUCCAAGUGCUUCUCGUUACGCCAAACGCAUCCACACCCGCACGACUCCAUCUCUACAAGGUGAGUGCAG